AUGUCAUGGUUAGAUUCUGAUUUCAAAAUACACGAAGUAUUACUUUCUCUUACAUAUGUCCAAUAUCCUCAUACUGCAAAUGUCAUCCAAGAAAAAUUAGAAGUAAUUGAAAAAUGGAGUCUUAAAGGAAAGGUAUAUUCAAUCACAACCGAUAAUGGGGCUAAUAUGAAAGCAGCAAUUAAUAAAAUAAAUGAUAUAGCUUUUGGAUAA